CGAGAGAGACAAAAGCAACAGCCACGCAGAAGCCGUCCAGAUAUCAGUUCAUUGCAGUUUGCAGUUUGCAGUUCGCAGUUUUAGUCCGAGAAAGACGCUUUCACCUGGCAAAGAGUACCUAGCGAGUGGAUUGGAGCACGCUGAGCCAGCAAGAUGGCGACCAUUGCCAGCCUACUGUUGGUUGCGUUAGUUGCCGUGGCGAGUGGAAGGUCACCAGCGAUCGAUGUUGUUCAGCCAUCGGAGAUCGUUACCUCAGAUUGCUAUGAACGAGCUCAGCCCCACCUUCACAUGAUGCAUCUGUCACUACACGCGCACAGACAUCGCGUACACGAUCAGUGCCGUCGCUCACAGCAGGAGCACAACGAGUUCUACGCGGCGCAGAAGGAGCGUCUGCGUCAGACCAUCGAGGACUGUGAGCGCAGUGCUCACAAUCUGGCGGCGGGGACGCCAACGGCUGCGGCAGAGCUCGAGGCCUCGUGCCACGAGGCGGAGGCCAAGAUGCGUCAGAGUCUGGGUGACCACGUGUCCGGUGCUGCCGACCUUCAUGAGCAGUGUGCUCGACGUCUGCGUCAGGUGCACAAGAGAGUGCAGUCGGCCGGACAGAGUCUCUUCCACGUCCUGGCUGGAUGUGCACCGGAGCACGCGUGCAUCCUCCUCAGACUGUCCAAGGCUAAGAUGCAGCGGCUUUCCAGCUCUGUCCAGGGACUGGCCAACCUUGACGUUGGUGAAACGUGUGCUUUGCCCAGUGAGCGGCUUGGGCACAAGGUGCGUCGCAUGUGCGAGCGAUUCAGCACACAACAAGCCAUCGUCAACGAAGCCAGCUCCAAUGUUUAUGAUGAACUUCACGAGACAUUGGACAGCCAUUGUGCUGGUUCAAGAGCGCAGGACCGUGACAUGGUCACUGGCGAACACGAAAUUGUGACUGAGGAGGUGCGGUUGUUCGAGGAGGACCCAACCACUGAGCAGCAGUUUGUACCAACGUUUGUUCCGGAGAUCCUUCCCGAGAUGCCAACUCUGCCAGUCGAACCCAACUACCCGGCCGUUACCGAGGAGGUGAAGAAGGAGACGAGCAAUGGUUGGAACCCACUGUGGGGUCUUGGCCCUGUUCAGAUCAACAAGAACAUGCCAGCUGGACAGGAAGAUAUUGGUUUGAUGGAACCAGAGCAAAAGCCGGAUGGUGGGGACGGCGAUCACGAUCAUGACCACGACAAGCAGAGCGAUCAUCACCGCCACCACAAACGUCGCUACGUCACAGUCGCCGUGGCUACGGGCUGCGUCUGCGUUGUCGUGUGCGUUGCCGUGGCGGCGUUCACUGCCAACGUACUGCGCCGUCGCUAUCGUAACUCCAUCCAAUCACAGCAGCCGGAGAAGAGGAACGACGUCGCCAAGAAGGCCCUCCUGGACGAGGAGGAGGAGAUCCGGAGCAUCGAGCAGAAGGGCUUCGAGAACCCCACAUACAACUUCUUCGAGCACCUCCAGGAGGAAGCAUGAGCAACAGGUGGUGUUGUUGGUGUUGCCGUUGCUGGGAAUGGUGGAGUGCUGCCAGCUUGACUUGUAAUCGAUGUGUGUGGCGUUAACCUCGCCUCCGUUGUCUCGCACACUCUCACGCAUUCUUUCUGUUGCCUCUCUCUCUCUCUCUCUCUCUCUCUCUCUCUCUCUCUCUCUCUCUCUCUCUCUCUCUCUCUCUCUCUCUCUCCCACUCACUCACUCUCUCUCUCUCUCUCUCUCUCUCUCUCUCACUCUCUCUCUCUCUCUCUCUCUCUCUCUCUCUCUCUCUCUCUCUCUCUCUCUCUCUCUUUCUUAGCUUGCUCUGCUCUCAGCCCUAUAAUAAUAAUUCCUUCGGUGGCUGUGUGCCGUGCACGCAGCCACACAGAUUCGCCCAAUGCACUCGCAAAUGCACACAGAACACUAAUCUAUUGAUGCUGCAAUAUACUGUGCGCCUGCCCACACUCAGUCGCUUCUUGGCUUUCACCCACUGCGGUGGAACACACACUGUCAGUGUAACGUCACGUUCGAUAGGUGCCAUAACCGUUACCAUGGCUACUCUAGUUGCCGACAUGUUUUGUUAUUGUUGUAUCAUGACUUAGUUCACUGACUAGCCAACAUUCAGAGUAAUAUGCAUGUACAGUACAUCGGAAUGCUUUAUUUUUCGGCGUGCUGCAUUGCGUUCAUGCGAUUCUGCUGCAUUGGUAAUAUAGGAUCUAUUCGUACGUGUAUGUGUGUUUGCUGUUUCGUGUCGUUUCUGGUGGUGUUUGUGGCCCUAGUUGGUUGUGUGGCUUGUGUCGGUUUGCCGUUGAUCCGUGCCAGGAAACUGCGCGCGAUGUGUUUUAACUAAAACUUGUACUAAUUUUCUUCUGCUUAUUCUCUUUGAUGUUUAGUGUGAUUCAUCCGUUUGCCCGUCUUGUUCAUGUGAGUCUCGCGUCCGUGCGUGAGCCUCCUCUCACAUAAUAAUACUUUGUGUUGACUUUUAUUCACGGGUUGGGCCAGAAAAAUAUUUAUACAUGACGGUGA